UAUAAUUCCCCCUUUUCUGGUUAGGAAAAUUCCGCCAUCGGCAACCAGAUAAUUAUUAUUCCUUCUAUUUGUCGCUACAUUUACAUACACUACCAUUUUGAUUUCAAUUUUAUAUUAUACAAGUGAUUUUUUUUUUAAUUUUUCUCAAGUGCAAGUGUAGAGUGAACGAGGAUAUGGACCCUGUAAAUUCGGACGGCUCCGAAGAGCAACUUUUACUGCCGGAGACUAGAAAGGGUGACCAGUCAUGGCGGUUGAACUUCGAUGGAUUCGAUAUAUCCACCGAGCACAAAGAAAAACCUCCCCGUGGGCUCCAUGACUAUCUUGGGGUUUUAGGUCCAGAAGAUAAUGUUGCAGAGUAUUAUCAGCAACAGGUUGAAAUGCUGGAGGGGUUCAAUGAAAUGGAUGUCCUAGCAGAGAGAGGUUCUGUACCGGGAAUGUCAAAGGAAGAGAGGGAUAAAUUGGCUAAAAGUGAAACAAUUGCCAUCAGGAUAUCAAAUGUUGCAAAUAUGCUUCUUUUUGCAGCAAAAGUUUAUGCAUCUGUCAGGAGUGGUUCAUUGGCCAUUGUUGCGUCCACACUAGACUCGCUUCUUGAUCUACUAUCUGGUUUUAUCCUGUGGUUUACUGCUUUUUCCAUGCAGACGCCAAAUCCUUAUCGAUAUCCUAUUGGAAAGAAACGUAUGCAGCCUCUGGGAAUCCUUGUUUUCGCUUCUGUCAUGGCAACCUUAGGACUGCAGAUUAUACUGGAAUCCCUGCGCACAUUAGUUUCUGAUGAUGACGAAUUCAAUUUGACAAAGGAGCAAGAGCGAUGGGUCAUUGGUAUUAUGCUUUCAGUAACUCUGGUGAAACUACUUCUGUUCGUCUAUUGCCGCACCUUUGCAAAUGAGAUUGUCAAGGCAUAUGCCCAGGAUCACUUUUUUGAUGUUAUCACGAACAUCAUUGGCCUCGUUGCUGUAGUAAUGGCUAACUAUUUCAAUGAUUGGAUGGACCCUGUUGGAGCUAUUAUUCUGUCAUUGUACACUAUCCGAACAUGGUCAUUAACUGUGCUGGAGAACGUGAACUCCCUUAUUGGAAGAUCAGCUGCACCGGAAUAUCUACAGAAACUCACCUACCUAUGCUGGAAUCACCACAAAUCCAUAAGGCACAUCGACACUGUAAGGGCAUACACCUUUGGCUCUCAUUAUUUCGUCGAAGUGGAUAUUGUGUUGCCAGCGGACAUGCCCCUGCAAGAAGCUCAUGACAUUGGAGAAUCCUUGCAAGAGAAGCUUGAAGUUCUGCCCGAGAUAGAGCGUGCUUUUGUUCAUCUCGAUUACGAGUAUACUCAUAAGCCUGAACAUGCACAAGCGCAUCUGUAACUUGAAGGUAAUAUAGUCUCUUCCGCUGCCAUCUGUUAUUACUGUCACGUAUAAGUUUUAGUAAACUAUUCAACCACGUCAUCUGGACCUUUCGAGAAUGGCCAAAAUCAACAUAUCAAUGGUGUUCUAAGUAGACCACAUGAUGUCUGUAUCAAAGGUUCUAGAUUUUAAAGAUGUCAAGUCCUCGUUUUUGACAAAGAAAACAAUAUUGUGAAGACGGGGAAGUGGCGUAUGCUAAUUUAAAAUAACUUUGCUAUAAACUGGCAACAUUUGUUCUUUGAAUGUACUGUGAGUAUUGAUUCAAUGAAAUCCUGCUAAAUUAUGAGUCC